CGCGCCUCCUCCCAUGGCAGCGGCGCGGACCACAGCUUCUCGCUCUCGAUCGCCUCGACGUGCUCCGAGGGAGCGGGCUGCGGUGGCCGGUGCAGCACUGGCAGCUCAGCUCGUCUCCCUCCGGGAUGGGCGACGUCGACGUGGUCGACGAUGCCGAGCACAGGACGCGGCCGGCGUCGCUGUCGGCGGAGGAUACCGACGAUGAUGUGGCCAGCAAGAAGCCCAUCCUGCGGCAGGCGUCGCCGUCCCUGGCACGCGUCGCGGGCCGCGCGCUGGAGGAACCGCCGAAGCGGCAAAGGCCGGGGCGCCGGUCACGGCCCGUGCGGAUGUUCCAGCGAAUGUGCCGGUCGCUCCCGGUGCUGACGCCGCGUUGCGGGCGACAGCUGCAGCCCGGGGCGUGCCGCAUCGCGGCGCCGCCGCGGCUCACGUCGUCGGACUCCCUCCUGUCACAGCUCAUCGCGUCGUCCGCAAACCCGGGGACGUCCCGCCGCCGCGUGACCGGCACACUGUUCGGGUAUCGUGACGGCCGCGUCGCGCUGUCGUUGCAGGACAACGCGCGGUGCCAGCCGACGCUCGUCGUGGAGCUCGCGCUCCCGACGCACGCGCUGCUCCGCGAGCUCGGUACCACCGCGGGCGCGCGCAUCGUGCUGGAGAGCGAGAAGCGCGCGGACGUCGUCGUUGACGGCGACGGCGUUGUCAGGUGGCGCGACGACGACAACGACGACGGGUGGGUGCUGGAGGAGCCCAUGUGGACCAUGUUCUUCAACGGCAAGAGGGUGGGCUACGCGGUGCGGCGGGAGCCCACCGAAGACGACAUCGCGGUGCUGGAGACGCUGUGGGCGGUGUCGAUGGGUGGCGGCGUCCUCCCCGGCAGAUCGGACGUGGACGGGGCCGACGGUGAGAUGGCGUACAUGCGAGGCAGCUUCGAGCACACCAUCGGCUCUCGGGACUCGGAGUCGCUGUACAUGGUCGGGCCGCCCGGCGGCGACUGCCCGGAGCUCGCCAUCUUCUUCGUUAGGCUGUGAAUGAACAAACAGUGUACACAAACGCACGCAUGGCUAAUAUUUCUCAGUCGUCUUGUCUCCUUAAGCCUGAGCGUCAGAAAUAAUGUUCAUUAUGAUCAUCAACGAUUAGUUAGGCGAAACAAAAUAAAAAUCACG